GAAGGUGAUCAGUUUGGAUCAAUUUUCUCGGUGCUGCUGCUCGGUGCACAGGUUGCCUCGUUUUUUAACGGAUUCGGCAGUAUGGAAGUGGCGACUCUGCGGUGACGUUUUGACAAGCGCUGACAAGUAUUAUGAGAAGUUUCAUUUGUGACGACGAUCAAUUAACAGUGGUGAAUCACAAUGAAAUAAAAUUGCGAAUAACGGAGUCAUUUUCUGUCUUAUAUUUCAAUGCGAUAAUUCAAGAGCGGAUUGAGAAACUUCGAUAACACUGAACAAUGAUGGGAUAACCUAUCAUAGAUAUGUCGUAUAUAUGCAUUAUAUUAUCCCGGAUUUUAUAUCCUACGUGAUAUUUCGAAUAAGAAAAACGAAACUGCAAAGACGAUGUCGAGACCGCCAGACCCGAAAUUUCUGUUGCGCGGCGACAUGGAUGAAAACGUGCACAGUUUAUUGUUCUCGAUCAACUCCGAUGUCGAGCAUCUCUACGCCGGCGACGGGAGAGGUACGGUUCACAUUUGGGAUUUAAAGACGAACAGGAUAAAGUGUCAAUUAUCAGAUGGACACAGUCCGUGCUUUAAUUUACAUACAACUGACAAGACUGAUCUGAUAGUACAACGGAGACAUGGAGUAGUCGAUGUGUACAAAAUGAACGAUUCAAACUGGAUAUUAGAUAGAAGUGUUGAUUAUGAAUACUGCAGUUUUUGCAGGUCUCAAUUGUUACCUGAGAAGAAUGCAAUGUUGAUUCCACUCGAUAAUUCUGUCGUAGGAAUGUUAUCAUUGAAGACAUUCAAAGUGGAAUCGACAUUAGAUCCAUCCAAACUGUCCUAUAAUAAUAAAUUGGGUACAGUAAUGGCGAUAAAAUCGUUGGCGGAUAUGAACGACUUGGUUCUAGUCGCUUACGAGGUUGGACAGUUACUAUUGUGGGAUAUGAGAAAGAAUGAUGUCCUUAGUUCUCUCACUGUGGAACACUAUCCGAUGACUUUCGACUUUGACGCCUCUCUGAUGCAAGGUAUUCUUGGUAGCGCAUCAGAGAAAUUAGAGAUUUUCGAAAUGUCGCCGAGUCACAUUUUAUCGCACAAAUCUAUGAAACUCUUGGAGCAUGUUUCCGGCAUAUCUGUUCUUUCUAUAAGACCAGAUAAAAAGAUUGUCACAGCUGGCUGCUGGGACGGACGUAUGAUGUUGUUCUCUUGGAAGAAAUUACGACCACUCGCGAUAUUAAAGGAACACAGAGCGAGUAUAUAUGAUAUUGUAUAUUCGCAAUGUAAAGUUGAGGCUUAUGAUACUAAGUGUUUAAUGGCAGCAACUGGUAAAGAUGGUUAUAUAUCUAUGUGGGAUAUAUACAAUUAGAAAAAAAUAUAAAUGCAUAUAGUUUUGUAUGUCUGUACUAAGCAAAAAAAAAUAUAUUGCAUUGUUUAAAAAUUUUCAUUUAUCAUUAUCAUUAAAUUAUUGUUUAACUUAAUUAAAAAUUCACAUAGAAAAUAUGAGGCAAAAUAUUAAGUUCCACUUUGAUAGAAAAAUCAUCGGUCUAGUUUCUUGUUGUUUAAAAAUAUAUAUACAAUUUUAUUAUUUUAGCUAAUAUUUAUCUCUUUUAAGACAGUCUUAAGACAUGCUACGUCUUUAUGACAUUGUUUACAACAUCUUAAGGCGAUUUUAAAUGUAAGAAUGGAUUACAAAUACAGGAC